GGGCCGGAGCAGCGCGCCCACGGCCGCAAGAAGAAGACGCGCACCGUCUUCAGCCGCAGCCAGGUCUUCCAGCUCGAGUCCACCUUCGACGUGAAGCGCUACCUGAGCAGCUCCGAGCGCGCCGGCCUCGCCGCCUCGCUGCACCUCACCGAGACGCAGGUGAAGAUCUGGUUCCAGAACCGCCGCAACAAGUGGAAAAGACAGCUGGCGGCCGACCUGGAGGCGGCCAACAUCUCCCACUCGGCCCAAAGGAUAGUGCGGGUGCCCAUCCUCUACCACGAGAACUCACCGGCGAGCGCCCUGGGCUUCGCCUUGCCUCACAUGUCUCCCCCCUUGGUGGGCUUUUCUAACGCCGUCAGCUACCCCCUGGGCACCUUCCCCGCUGCCUCGCUGCCCUUCCUACGGUCGCAGAUGACAGGACUCGUCUGA